AUGAAAAUGAACCAUAAUUCAUCCGUUACUACAGAAAUUUCUACGCCUAAUUCUGCCAGUGUUUCGGUAACUCAUUCAACAAGUUCUAUUACUACUCAUCAAAGACUACCAUCCAGUGGAAAUCACUUACGAACAUUAUAUCGUCAGCGUAGAGAUUUCUCCAGAAAGAUAAAAAAGAAAACUUCUCGAAUUAAUCGUCAGACAGCUAAACAGGAAGUGAAACUUGUACCAUGGACACCUGGUGAUGAUUAUUUACUGAUAAAUUCUGUUGUCAUGGUAUGUAAUCUUACUGAGGUGUAUCAUACCGUAAGAUUUGCCGUUCACUAUACAGAGAAGGAGAUAGAAGACCGUUGGCGUGAUCUACUAUUCGAUCCUAUCGUUUCAAGCACUGCACUAAAAGCUAUUGAAAAGCUUCCACCGUUUAUCAAAGCCCAGUUGGACAGACAAAUACCUUUUACUUCACAAGAAGAUAAUAUUAUAGCUCAGAUCUCCUUCUUAGAUGUAUUUCCAGAUGGUGUGCUUCGACAGCUUACUACUUAUGAUUUGAAUCCGUCAAUAUUUACAGAGGUUCUACGUAAAUAUCCAUCAGUUUUCUAUAUUCGACGAGAUGCCUUUGAUUUAUACCGUCAAUGGUGUCGUUUUUACAGCUGUCAUUGUAUUAGACCAGAUGAAGAAAAAAUGCAAACAAAAACUGAAGAAAUAAGCUCAUUUCUGGUGAAUCCUUCUCCGUCAUCUUCGUCAACAACAACAACAACAACGAAUCGAGACAUCACAUUGAUUCCGAAAGACAUCAGUUUAUCCACUUCUAUAGCCCUAGGUGAAGAUCCGGAAAGUUUUUCUGAUACUGAAUUGCUGUUAGAAGAAACAGUGGCAAAUGCUCUGACAGCUGGAAUCAGCAAACUCACUGAACAGUCUACAGUAGCACGGCGACAACGUAUGUUGAAUCAAACGUCUUAUCAUGGUUUUCAAGGUCUUGUGACACAAACUAUCUUAGAAGCAUUGAUCAAGCAAUCUUUAUCUAACCAGUCAAGUGAUUCCGGAGUCAUACAGUCUAGUCCAAUAUCGGUAUCCUCUCAGUAUUCCUCGUUGACUUCAAGUGGAUCACGUUCUACAGAUUUAAAAUCAUCAUCAUCCCCAUUUGAUCAGAGUUGUUCAGUGCCACAAGAGUCGAGUAAAUCACAUUCAUCUUAUAUCCGCCAGUCAUCUGUACCUUUUAUUUCAAAUGAACAAGAAUUCAAUCUCAAUCGUCGACUUGAACUCUAUCGACGUCGUGGACGACUUUGGGCACGUUUACGUAGAACGAAAGAAGAAGCCAGGCGUUGGACACAUUUAGUUGAAACAUGUAUCACCAAUGGAUUGGAGAUAAUGAAUCCACAACCAGAAUAUCCAGUUUUAGCAACUCUUACAGGAUCUAGGACAAAAUAUUUAAUCAAAGAGAAAAAGGUUAUAUUUGGUCGUAGUUCGUUGUUUUAUCAACCGUAUAUUGAUUUAUCAUAUGAAGGUGAUAGCGCACGUGUAUCACGUUGUCAUGGUCAAAUACGCUUGGACAAUGAUGGAAUAUUUUGGUUAGCUAAUUUUUCAUCACAUGCUGUUUAUGUUGAUGGUAAUCCUAUACUAACUGAUGAAGAAGUGGAAUUACGAGAUUUAGCUACAGUUCUAAUCAGUCAUAUAACACUUCGAUUCGAUGUCAAUCAUCAUUGUGUGAAUUGGUUGUGCAACAAUGUUGGUUAUGAUAAUAGUGAUAAUAAUAAUUAUUAUGAUAACGAUAGUAAUACUAAUAGUAGUAACGAUAAUAAUAAUAAUAACAAUGAUGGUGCCCUCGAUGAGGCUGUAGUAGGUGAUGGUACUGUCAGCACCGUUAAUGAUGAUGAUGAUGAUGAUGACGAUAAUAAUAAUAAUAAUAAUAAUAAUAAUGACAAUAAUGCUAAUAAUAAUAAUAGCAAUAAUCACAACAAUAUUACUACCCUUGGUGAGAUCGUAGUUAGUGGUACUACUACCGGCAUUAACAAUGAUAAUAAUAGUAAUAAUAACGACAACAAUAACAAUAGUGAAGUGAACACACCGGAAAGAUUAUAGUAGUUCAAUUGUUUUCAAUGUAUGACAGAUUCAAAACAGCACGUGGGACUGUUACGCAAUAAGCUGACUAGUUGUUGAUUUCGUAUCACAAUGACUGCGAAUUGCAUAUAAUGUUUUGCGUGAAUUAUUCAGAUGAAAAGAAAGCAUUAUUUUUAAUAUUUGUAAAUAACUUUGUACUGAUAUCUUUGUAAAUAAAAUGUUAAUAUAUAUAUAUGUAUUUUUACACUUCAUAAAUUAUUUUUUAUUGUUGGCAUGGUGAAAUACAGCUGAUUUCUUACUCUAAAGGUAGAUGUAAAAGUCGUUUUCAUAUUGUGGUCUACGCCAGGGUUGACUGUGGUAGCAGUGGUAGUUUGGUGAAACCUGGCUGCGAACAAGCCGAAAGUGUAAACAACAAUUUACGUCAGUGUUACGUCCGGAAUCAGGGUUAUUAGAAAAGCGAUAACAAAGCUUAACUAACCUUGGGGAACUCACCAACCAAUUACAGCAGACUUGCCGUAUGCAAAUACGAUUCGCCGAUAUGUGGCUUAACUUUCUGAAAAACGGCCACAAAGAGAUGACAGAAUAAUCUUUAGCAAGAAAGCAACCAAUCAGAAGACGUUGCUUCUCUGCUA